AUGCCUGGAGCCUCGCAAUCUCCGGCUCGCAUCCUCGCAGCUCGGCGCCGGGACGCCUCUGAGGAGCCGCGCGAGCCGGAGGAGGCACCGGCCGGCCAAGUCCUGCAAGAAGACGGCCCUCCGGAUGCCGAAGCCGCACCGAGCCCGUCCUCGGACAAGGCCGCCGAGGCUGCGGACACGGAGCCCGAGGCGGAGGCUGCCGGGUCGCCUCCCUUGAGCUUUAAAGGAAGCCCCUCAGCCCCCAGCAAGUCCAGGAGCUGCGGCCCCUCGCGAAGCGAGUACAUCUCCAGGUUCGUAAGCCGCAUGCGAAAUGCCCAGAUCGCCAUGAAGUGUGCCCGGCACCUCACCGACUGGAAGCGGCUACAUGGUUGCCCUCAGUCCUCGCCCGUCUUCAUUUGUGCAGGAGGCUACCCCGACUUUACCAACGCCAUGCGUCGGAGAGGGUGGUAUCAGAACGAAGACAAGGACUCCCGUUUCUUCGAUAUCAAGUGGGCACCUGCUGCAGCGAUUGAUCAUGACAAUCUGCUGGCGGGGCAGGUGGUGAACCAUUUCCACGGCAACCGGGAAAUCACCACGAAGGUGGGGCUUACCCUGAAUUUGCGCAACUGCUUGCCCAUGUGUGGCGCGGACCCCGACUCCUUCUACCCGGAGCUUCGUCGGCAGAACUAA